AUGGCCGCGCAGACAGGUAUUGAGGCCGCAUUGGUCAAGAUCAUGGACGUCGUUCAGAAGCAGCAGGGUCGCCGUGAUAGCACUGGUCUCGCCGUCUUCACCCCUGGUGGUGAUGGCUCACUGCGGUCAUUCAGUCCUCACCCUCUGCCCAAGCUCUCUCCGGCCAUGAGAUAUAUCCCACCGCCUUCGCCCAGCCCGCAGCUAACUGUGCCCGCCAUGGACCGUGAAAUCCCUGGCUUCUACGUCAUCAUUCCUGCUGGUGGUGCCGGUACUCGUCUUUGGCCCCUAUCCCGUGAAAAUCACCCCAAGUUCCUCUUGGAUAUUGACCUUUCCGGGCGCAGCUUGCUCCAGUCGACAUGGCACCGUCUUGUCCCUCUUGCCGGAUCAUCCCGCAUGACUGUUGUGGCCGGACCAUGCCACUCCGAGUCCAUUCAAACCCAGCUCCCUCAGCUCGAGUCCGACAACCUCUUCACUGAGCCUGGUCCCAAAGACUCCAUGGCUGCCAUUGGCCUUGCUGCCGCCAUUCUCCUGCACCGUGAUGAAGAUGCUGUCAUUGGAUCCUUUGCCGCCGAUCAUAUGAUUGCCGGUGAGGAUGCCUUCCUCAACUCCGUCACUGAGGCUGUCAAGGUCGCCAAGGAGGGCUUCCUUGUUACUAUCGGCAUUGCUCCGUCGCAUCCCGCCACUGGUUUCGGCUACGUCAAGCUGGGAGACAAGUUGGAUGUUCCUAACGCUCCUUCCGCCCGCUUGGUCAGCGCAUUCAAGGAAAAACCCGAUGCUUAUACUGCCGCCAAAUAUCUGUCAUCCGGUAACUACCGCUGGAAUGCGGGUAUGUUCGUCACCAAGGCUUCUACUCUGAUGGACCUAGUGAAGGAGUAUGAGCCCGAAUUGCACAAUGACUUGACCAGAAUUGCAAAGGCUUGGGAAGACAAGACGCAGCGAGAGACUAUCCUCAACGAGGUGUGGCCUACGUUGGAAAAGGUGGCCAUCGAUAAUGCCAUUGCUGAGCCCGCUGCCGCUGAAGGCAGAGUUGCCGUGAUUCCCGCUACGUUUGGCUGGGACGAUGUCGGUGACUUUUCUUCCCUCGCCGAAAUGCUUCCCGCUGAGGCCAACUCCCCGAGGAUUCUUGGCGACCGUAACUUGGUUGUUGCCCAACAAGCUCCCGGUGGCAUCGUCGUUCCCGGCUCUGGCCGUCUUGUCGCCUGUCUCGGUGUCGACGACCUCGUCAUCGUCGACGUGCCAGACGCGCUCAUGGUCACUACUCGUGCCCGUGCGCAGGAAGUCAAGUCACUUGUUGCCAGCUGCCGUAAGGCUGGUUUCAAGAAUCUCAUGUAA